GACCGCCGCGUCGCGCGCACGUUCGUCCUACUCCUCGAAUUUCGAAAAAACAUCGCGUUGUAACAUUUGUAUGAAGUUUUAGUGAAUAGUUGAUCAGUGAUGGUUUUCAAAAAGACUUUCUGGAUUUUGUUCGUAAAUGUCAUGCUUUUGAAGAGUGUCAUGAAUGGAGAACCAGAACACACAACAAAAGAAACAAGACCAGAAUACAUCCACCCUGACGGUCUACUGAACUUCGAUCCAUAUCUAUCAGACUUCAAGACAGAGACAGAAGAAGAAGAUGACUACAUACCAUUACCAGAAAACGAGGAAACGAUAGAUGGACUUCCAAUAUUUCUUUUAGAACCCAAAAAUUCAUACGUUCUAAGAAAUAGACCCGCGAAUUUGCUCUGUAGGGCAGCAAAUGCCCUCGAAGUAUAUUUCAAGUGCAAUGAUGUGAGGUCCGAUAAAAGUGUUCAGUUGGAACACGUGGACCCUCAUAACGGAGUCAGGGUUGUUGAAGCAGAACUCAAUGUGACGAGAAAUGAGCUGGACGGAGCCAAUAAGAAGUAUAGCUGCAAAUGUUACGCGUGGAACAGCAAGGGGAAGAUAAGGAGUCAAGCUGUUUUAAUUGAAUUUGCUUACAUAAAGAAGCAGUUCCUACAGCAGCCUCUAUCAUCCACAAUAGAAGCUGGUAGAGGAGUGACAUUCAGAUGUGUGCCACCACCAGCAGCACCGCCACCUACCAUCAAAUGGACCAGAAAUGGAGUUGCCAUUGAACCCACUGUUGAAACUCUUGUGCUACCAAAAGUUGGUUUGCAGGACAUGGCCAACUACACUUGCGUGGCAGAAAACAUCGCAGGUCGGCGGGAGUCCGACGUCGCUGUUUUGUCUGUGUACGUAAACGGCGGGUGGUCGGAAUGGUCACCGUGGGCACCAUGUCGAUGUGGUUCCACCACGAGUGGCCGGCGCCGGUCACGCAGCUGCACAGAACCACCUCCAGCAAACGGUGGCGCUCCAUGUAGAGGACACUCUUCACAGAGCGAUGAGGACUGCGUCACAUGUCAAAGCAGUGGUACCUGGUCUGCCUGGGCCUCGUGGUCUUCAUGCAGCGUUGACUGCGUGAGGGUAAGGAGGAGACAAUGCUCAGGAAAUAACUGCCAAGGAUCCACACUACAACAUGCUGCCUGUGUUGACGGAUUAUGCACUAGUGGAAUGAGGUUCUACACUAAUAACACAACGCUCUACGUUGGUAUCGGCAUCACAGUCGCCAUGCUUCUCGCUGGAGUGGCCAUCUUAUACGUCUGGUGCAAAUACAGGGGCAGGCCUGGAUAUUCUGCUGGCAGAAUAGGUAUACCAAAGACACAUUCAGGCAGGGACAAAGGCAGCACGGCGCCGGACCUGACGAGGACCUGCAACGAGUACUGGAUGCAGGGACCUGACAACCAUUAUGACAUGCCACAUGUCAGAGACAGCUAUUCAUCCCCAUUUGGGAACCGGAGUAGACAUCAGUCGUCAGCUGGAAGUAACCAUUACGAGAUGAAGCCUUACAGCCCUUCCGGAGACUCGGCGUCCAGUUGUUAUACCAACUCUAGGACAAUGACGUCACGGUCUAGUGAAUGUUCAUCUCAGUUAGCAGAGCUCGUGACAGCAUCACCUACCUCCAUGUCAAAGGUGGAUGUAGCGGUGACGUUACCUACAGGACACUUAGACACCAGCUAUAGAGACAAAAUUUGUUUGACUAUUGUCAAGUAAUUUCGGUUAUGUUGUUUUGGGAACUGUAUUACAGUCGUCAAAGGAUUUUGAACCUUAAAAAAUGUUCUGUUAAAAUUGAUUUUAUAGAUGAUGUUCAAUUGAUUCUUGAAUUUACCGCAGCUUGUUAACAUUUCAAUUUGUGUCUUUUAUUAAAGAUUUCUAUUUGCUUCUCUACGGUUACCAGUUUACAUAAAAUUAAAUUAAUGAAGUCAGUUUCGUUUUCAUCUAUUUUUAAACGGUCUUGUAUAACUGCCUUACCAGUCUAAAGGGCGACGUUUUCUGUCGUAACAGAACCAGAAUUAUGUAAUGCUUGGUCUGUAAUUAUGUGCAUCCGUACAUCUAUUAACAUAUCUAAUUUAAUCACGAUGCAAAUGUUACUAAGUACCUAUACACGACCAUAGAUCAGGCUGUAUUAACCAGUUUAUAAUGUUCUCACUUUCUAUGAUCUUUCCGCACAUUCAGCGGUCAGAUUAUACUGGAUUUGCAUCCCUUGAUGUGUAGCCUUCUUCAAAUACAUUUAUGGGAGAAAUUUUAUAUCUUUUAGCUCCAAAGGAUGUACGAAUGAACAGAACGGUAACAAACAACUCAUGUUAUUUAUUUAUUUCUUUUUAUAUGAAUAUUAUUAGAAAUUAAAUUUGUAUUUUAUUCGUAUUUAUUCCAAAUUUAACUUUAUUUAGUUUACGAAUUGGUACGGGUAUUAAAAUAGUUAUUUGGAUUGUGUUUUUGAUCAAUAUUGAAAAUUUUUUCGGCCUAACUUUGUCAAUAGCAGAUUUUGUGUUACAAGAACAAUAAUUUCAUUUAAAAGACUGAAUGGACUACAAUGAAACAACUGCCAAUUUGAUACGCAUUUACGAUUAUUGUUUUGUUAUUAAGCUUUGUAUUAUAUUCGACUAAUUACGUAUUCAAUGAAAAUAUUCAUUUUGUCCGUAGCGAUAGGUACUGUGUAAAGUGCUACUUAGAUAGUGAUAUUGGCUUUUGAUAUUUAUAGUAUAGGUGCCCAUGUUUAGGAAACUAUGCCAUGAUGUAAAUUGUUUUCAUAGACAUUACUGAGUCUGAAAUCGUGCCUAAUAAGUACAUAGGUUUAUGGCAAUCCGGAGCUGCGGGCUACCUAGCAGAUUAACUGGGGCUCCGGCACAAAAAGCAAGAGUAGGAACGGAGUAGUUUUUAUUCAGUAACAGUCUGAUACUCUCGCCUUGCCCAAGGCGGGAGAAGUAAUUGGAUGAUUAUCUUCCAUAAAAAAAUAAAAACUCAAAUCUGUCAUUUGUCAUAGUUAUAACACAUAGGUAACAAAGGCAACAAAAAUGGGUGUUUUUGUCCAAUAAACCUCUGCGAAUCCUAUUUCGGCAUACAGGCGUGAUUUUUCAAGCUCAGAGGGGAUUCAAAAACCUAAUGUUUUAAGAGCCUUUUGCUCUAUUUUCAUAGCGCGCCUUUUUACUUUUUGUUUUUUUUUUUUAAUAGGGCGUCCAGGGAGCUUUGCUUGUGUAUAGUGCCUAAAUGGAAGCUUCUAUCUUUUCGAAGCAAAAUGUUAAUAAUAAAAUAGUAGACGUCUGUAAUAUUUUCAUUGAAUACCUACAUUAGUUUUUAGUUGUAAGUUAACAUGUAGAUACUAACUGAAUGUAAAUUUUGUAUUUAAAUCUGUGAUAUUAAAUAAAUUAAUUUGUAACAUUUC